CUUCACUCUCUGAACUCAUAAACCGCAUUAUUGUUCUUCGUGUUCAUCAAUGGCGCCCGUAGAUCCGCACUCUUACGCUGAUUCAACCCAUCCUCAAAACCUUCACUUUUCCUUCUCUAUGUUCUUCGAUUUUCCCUCCACCGUCAUUCAUGCCUCUGCUCUGAUUACUCUCUCCAGUUCCUACUAUGGUUCAAUCUCCCUCGAUGCUCGUUCUCUUAUCAUUCAUUCCGUCCAUGACCCUAUAUCCCAUGCUCUGCUUCCAUUCUCGCUUUCUCCUCCCGAUCCUAUCAAGGGCUCUCUUCUCUCAAUUUCACUUGGUGGGCAGUCUUCUUUGAUUGUGAUUUACAGUACUACUCCUUCAUCGUCAGCUUUGCAGUGGCUGACUCCUCCCCAGACUUUCAACAAGACGCAUCCUUUUGUCUACACCCAGUGCCAGGCUAUUCAUGCGCGUUCGAUUUUCCCCUGCCAAGACACUCCGGCGUUCCGUGUGCGUUACUCUGCGCGAUUGAAUAUUCCUCGGGAAUUAUCGGCGGUGAUGGGCGCGCGCCAUGUGGAACGACGUCUGCCGGCUGCUGGCGAGGGUAAGAUGUUGGCUGGAGGGGUUGAUUUGCUGUGGGGAGAUGAAGGGAGAGUGGUGGAGGAGUUUAUGAUGGAGCAUCCGAUUCCGCCGUACUUGUUCGCUUUUGCCAUCGGAGAGAUUGCGUUCAGGGAAGUGGGGCCGAGGACUAAGGUUUAUGCGGAAUCGGUGCCCUCGUUGCUCGAUGCUGCAGCGAGAGAAUUUGCGGGGACAGAAGAUUUGAUAAAGGAAGGCGAGAAGUUAUUUACACGUUUCGAUUGGGAGCGAUUCGAUCUGCUUGUGUUACCUCCGAGCUUUCCUUACGGUGGGAUGGAAAAUCCGAAGAUGGUUUUCUUGACACCGACGGUGAUAAAGGGGGAUUCUACGGGGGCACAUGUGGUUGCUCAUGAACUUGCUCAUAGCUGGACUGGGAACCUAAUCACUAACAAAAACAACGAACAUUUUUGGUUGAACGAGGGUUUUACAACCUAUGCUGAAAGGAGAAUUAUUGAGGCUGUGCAAGGGAAGGAUGCAGCUACUCUCAAUAUAGGAAUUGGUUGGAAGGGUUGGAAAGAGGAUGUUGAGAGAUUUAAGGAUAAUGUAGAAUUCACGAAGCUAAAGACGAAGCAAGAAGGCGUGGAUCCAGAUGAUGUGUAUUCUCAAAUACCUUAUGAGAAGGGUUUUCAGUUCCUAUGGCGUAUUGAACGCCAGGUGGGAAGGCAGGAAUUUGAUAGAUUUCUGAAGGAAUAUAUUUUUACCUAUUGCUUUAGGUCAAUAGAUACCGAGACCUUUCUUUCUUUCUUGAUGACAGAGCUCCCUGGAAUUGAAAAAGCAAUAGAUUUGGAAAUGUGGACCGAAGGCACUGGUAUCCCUCCAGAUGCUCAUGAACCAGUUUCUGAUUUGUACAAGAAGAUCCUAUCGCUAGCCAAUGACUUUAAGCUUGGUAGAAUGCCGGAGGAAGGUGAAACUGCUGAUUGGGGAGGGCAAGAAUGGGAGCUGUACUUGGAGAAUCUGCCAAAAUGUGUCGAAGUCUCACAGAUCCAGGCACUAGAUGCACGUUAUAGAUUCUCGGAAUCAAAGGACUAUGAGGUCAAAGUUGCAUUUCUUCAACUUGCUGUUGCGUCGAAGUACCGAGAUUGCUAUGUCGAGGUUGAGAAAACUUUGAAGGAAGUUGGGAGAAUGAAGUACCUCCGCACACUCUACACUGCUCUUACACAAGGCCCUGGGAUGGAAGAAGAGAAGAUUUUGGCAAAGAGAAUAUAUUCUGAAGCCCGUGAGAGUUAUCACCCGAUUGCUCAAAGGGUUGUCGAGUCCAUCUUUUCCAAGAACCUGUAAGUAUUUGAACCUUAUUUUGUCACCUACCACUAUUGUUUAGAGGAGUUUCUAACAUUGUGGUCUAAGCCCUUGUGGAAAAACUAUUUAAGUAGCUUGAGGAGUUGUUAAUAGCUUUUGAAUAUGAAGAGAAAGGAGACAGAGUUCACUUUUUUCUCAUGCUUUUCCUUUUCGUAUAGAGGCUAAUAAGAUUGCAUUGACAUUAAUUUCUUAUUCUUUAUUAGAUCAAUUGUAGAAGACUGGUUAAGAUUUAAGAAUUUGAAUAUUGUAAUUA